GGCAACUCCAUAUGGACAUGGAAGAAGCACAUUUAUUUUCACGUGUUUGAAUGCAGCAGUGAGACGCAGAUAAAUAUCUUGAAAUGGCACUUAAAAGACUAAAAACGAAAAAAUCAAAGCGUUUGACUGGCAAACUCAAGCACAAAAUUGAUAAAAAGGUGCGGGAACACAACCGCAAGGAGCGUCGUGAGGCGAAAAAGAAUACCAAGAAGGGCAGCAAGAAACAGAAACUAAUACAGAUUCCAAACAUAUGCCCGUUCAAAGAUGAUAUCCUCAAAGAAGUGGAGGAGGCCAAGCAACGACAGGAAGCUGAACGCCAGGCCCGGCGAGAAAUGAUAAAAGCUGAGCGCGAAAAGAACAAAUUCAAGUCGCUGGAAUCGAUGGUGGAAGACGCCGAUAUGCGGGGCACAGUGCACGGAAUAAUGCAUGAAGACAGCGCCGUUGAGGGCAAUUCGAAUGAAAAAGUAUAUAAGAACGCCGCCACGAAGGAACAGUCGUUGAAGCAGUACUUUAAGGAGUUUCGAAAAGUGAUUGAGAAUGCCGACGUCGUGCUGGAAGUGGUCGAUGCACGUGAUCCCCUCGGCACACGGUGCACUGAAGUUGAGCGAGCGGUGCGCGCAGCCCCUGGGAACAAGCGACUGGUGUUAAUUUUGAACAAAGCCGACCUUGUCCCAAGGGAAAAUCUGAACAAUUGGAUCAAGUACUUUAGACGGAGCUUACCCGUCACUGCAUUUAAGGCUUCUACACAAGACCAGACCUCAAGAUUGGGACGUCGUAAGCUGCGCGACAUGAAGACAGAAAAGUCCAUGCAGGGAGGUGUCUGUAUUGGAGCAGAAUUGCUUAUGUCUAUGCUUGCCAACUAUUGUCGCAAUGCGGGGAUCAAAACCUCGAUUCGCGUGGGAGUUGUUGGAAUACCCAACGUGGGCAAGAGUUCCAUCAUAAACUCGCUAACCCGAGGACGUUCGUGCAUGGUUGGAAGUACUCCUGGUGUCACUAAGGCCAUGCAGGAAGUUGAACUGGAUUCCAAAAUUAAGUUGAUUGACUGUCCGGGCAUUGUGUUUACAAGCAUUGCCAGUGAAGGUAAUCAAAAUGCACAUGCUGUGUUGAAGAACGCGCAGCGUGUGGGCGACGUCAAGGAUCCGUUUAGCAUAGCCGAGAGCGUUCUGAAGAGAGCCAGCAAGGAGUACUUCUGUAAGAUGUACGAUAUUACCAACUACGACACGUUCGAGGAGUUCUUCGCAAAGAAGGCAGCCAGAAUGGGCAAAUUCUUGAAGAAGGGUGUUCCGGAUGUUGUGGCCGCUGCUCGUAGUGUUCUGAACGACUGGAACACUGGAAAAAUUAAAUACUGUACUCAACCUCCUGAAGUUAAAGAGAAUUCGAAUGUACACAUAAGUGCUUCGAUUGUGCAUGCCGACGCGCGAGAUUUCGACGUAGACAACUUUGAAUCGAUGGAGACCGACGUACUAAAUCAGUGUCCCGAGAAGACGGAUGAUAUUAUGGAGAUAACAUCUACAGGACCACUUGAGUUGAGAGUGCCACGUGAAGAUACAGAGGUGGCUCCUACAGUAAUAACUGAGAGCGAACCACCGUCUAAAGGUCGUAAAAGAAAAUUAGAGGAUGAUAAAAAGGAAAAGCCAGAUCCUGUGCUACUACUUGAGGAAAAUCAAUCCCUUAACAAAAAUAUAAAAGAGCUACAGAAGAAGAAAAAGAAACAAAAUGUUCGGAACGAGAAAAAGAUUUCAAAAAUAACUGACGUUUUGGACAACUUCAGCUUGAGUGCAGCAUCGUCUAAUACAGAUAAAUACGAUUUUGACCAGGAUUACAACAUUGAAUGAUUGUACAAUUAGAAUUGUUUUAUACAAGU